UCCGUGACAGACUUCAACGAUCGUCUUGGUUUCUGGCGGGCAKCAUCAUCUUCAUGAAUCGUUAUAUCAAAGACUAGGGGACUAAGAACAAUCUYAUUCCUGAAUUUUGACUACGUGAAGCCGGUAGAUUCUGUUUUAUUUCAUCAACAUUUGGUUAACAAAAUUUCGAAGCACGGCUGUGAACGUUCAGAAGUUCGAAUGUCCUGAACUAGAACAAAAGUUGCCCAAGACACUGAUAGUAAUAAUAACGAACUUGCAACUUUGUUGAAUCGAUUACAGUUGAAAACUUACCAAUAUCAAAGGGAUCUACAUUUGAGGAGUUAUCAAGCAUGGAAGAAAACAGCUCAGACUCAAUCUGCAGUGAUGACACAGAGUAUUUGCUAGGACAAAAUGUUUCAAUAAGAGACAUCGAUGACUAUGAAGAAAAGCCCUCAAGAACAACUUCAUUAAAGCAAAGARCUGGACAACACACUGCUAUCUUGCAACAGCAUCAUACUUCACCAGAAACCAGGAAGAGCAACUUAAAGAAAAAUGACAUCUUAAGCCAUCAAGAUAGCAACAAAUAUCAACAAAAGCAUCCUGUAAGGGAACAAACUAAAAUURUCAAUUUUCAACAGAGGUCAAAAACCAUUGAAAUAACACCACCUGAUCCAAGAUCUUUGAAAAAACCUGUUAGGCAGAAUAAAACUGUACAAGAUGAAAGUAAAUUGCGUCACAGUUCACACCAAACACAAAUUUCCUCAGCUAGUCAUAGAGAAAAAACACACCUACAAACCAAAAGUUCAGAAAAGAGAAAGACAAACAUGGCAACAACCAAAGAAGAGUCUGUUAACAACCAUAGUGAAAAGAUGACAGAAAGGAGAAUAGAAAAUAAAAGAGGAUGGAGAGAAAAAAUGUCUCCUUUACAACAYGAUCAAUCAUGGGACUGGAAUCAAGCAAAUGAAAGACAUGUUUAUCAAUCACCAGAACAAGCUGAUGUUGUUAGUAUAACCUCUGAAGCAGCUACGGAAGAGCUUUUAAAAGAUGAUGAACUUGAUGGAUCUAUUAUACAAAAAUUGAAAGAACUUAAUCUUGCUGUUAAUUAUGACCCAGACACACAAGAACUCUUUGAUGACAAAGUGAGAGAAGGYGCUCAUCUUUUGUCCAAGCUGUUUGGUGGAAGUGUAGAUAAUUACUACAGUUCACCAAGUGUACACUCUGGGUCAGCAAGCGGCCAGGAAAUUUCCCGAGGUGAAAGUGAUGUAGAGGAAAAGAGAAACAUCAGUAACACAAGCAGUAAAGGCAGUAUGACAUCAUUUGCUAAUGUGACACAUCCACCACGUCAACACGAGGAAUUCAAGAAAGCCUCGGAGCGAAAACCAAAAGUUUCUUUUGCAACUACUGAUGACAGCUUAUCUUUUGAAACAUCACCUGGUAGCAGUCACACCAAAAGUGAACAAUUUACCAGGUCACCUAAACACAAGACAAACCAAUAUGGGCGAUUUGUAAGAGAGACAAGUGCUUUAAGAGCAGCAAUGGAUUAUGGGAAUGAUGAUGACGAUGAUGAUGAUCAGUCUCCUGGAAAGGCAUCAAGUCCAGGACAGUCCAGAGAACUUACAGAUCAACUAUACCGUCCAAAGAACGUAGAUAAUCAGGAAGAUUCUUAUAUCCCAGUUAACAACACCAGCAGUAGGUUUAGUGUAGAGAGAUACUCAGAUGCAAGUCAGGGAAAGCCAAAGGGUUUUGAUGAACCACAAUGGGAUGGAUUUUUAACUUCGACGCCUCACAAAAACAAGGGCGUCCCUCCUGAUGGUCAGAUCGACAGUAGGGACAUUAAAAAGAAAUUGUAUCUUGAGCAAAAGCUCCAAGAAAUACAGGACAAACUUCAAGAAACUUCGCAUSAAUUGAAAGAGGUGAAAAUUGACGUAGACGACGCUUUGACAAGAAAAAAGAUUGCUCUGGAUGAGGUUCACAUUCUUGAAGAACAGUUAAAAAGAACGAAAGCUGAYAUCAAAACMAGUGAAAAUCUUGCYGAGAARUACAAACAACAAGUCACCAUUACAAGGUCAGAGCUAAUGGAAUUAGAAGUAGAGCGUGAUWCAGCAAGACAAGACAUCAAAGACAUGGAAAAUAUGUUAACAAAACAAAAACAGGAAAUGUCUGAAGCUUACAAAGUGGAAAAGAAAAACGAAAGAAAAGCUAUGGAAUUAUCUCUAGAGAACAAUAAACUCCAACGAGAACUCGAAACAAUUAAAACUAAGUUUAGUCAGUCCGAAACCUCGUUUAUUAACGAGAAAAAGCUGUUGUUGGACAAAAUUCACAUGCUGCAAGAUGAGCUACAAGACGAGCAGAAAUCAAGCAAAGCAACUGUGCAAAGAAUGAAGGAGCAACUUGAGGAAGAGCGUCAAAGCGCACGGUCGUCUCACUACGAGCGCAUUCAGUCGAUACACAAAUUCCAAGACGAAGCCAAAGAAAUGCAAGAAAAAGAACUCGAGGCUUUGAAGACCAGAUUAACUAGAGAGCACGAGUUACAACAAGAAAAGUUGCAAGAAAAGUCUAAACGAGAAGUUGAUGCUCUCACUAAAAGCGUCAAAGAUGGAGAGUUCCGUAUUUCCCAGUUAAAUUGUACAUUAACAGCUCGAGAAGAGGAAAUCGAAGUUCUGAAAACUAAACUAUUGGACGAGAAACAGAAGUUCUGUGAGAGUGAACUUGCUUAUCAAGAAGAAAUGGACAAACAAAACUCCAUCGCUAAAUCAUUACAGGCUGAGGUCGACGCUCUGCAAGAAAGAGAGAGCAACUUGACGUCUUCAAAUCGAACGCUAGAACAAAGUUUUGACGAUAAAACACACGAAGUUCGACGGUUAAGAGAYCAGUUACAAAACCUUGUUGAUGAAUCUAGUAAAGCAGAAGAGACCCAAAAAGAAGAGAUUCGAAUGUUGCGUAGUUUGGUAAGGCAACAAGAAGAUGCUACGAGAUUACUGGGCGAAAAGAUGAGAACUGAAGCACAAGAACAGAUACGUACAGCGCUACAAAGAGAACGAGAAGCUGUCGACAAAGAACGAGAAAAGCAAAAAGAAAAGCUGACAGAGAUCAAAAAUAGUUAUGAAGAAGUUUUGAAUCAAGUUCGCGGUGAGCUUGAUAGUGAAAGACAAAGUCACCAGCAACUCCAAACAACGGCUUUGAAACUGAAAAAGGAAGUUGACGAACUUCGUGAAAGAAAUCUUCGUACUCAAGAGGAAAAGGUUGCACAAAUCGGGCAACUAAGACUGGAAUCCAAAGAACAAAUUCUGAAACUGAAAGAUAAGAUUCAAGAGCUUUCCUUGCUCACAGACAAGAACGAGAAAGACAUUGUCCUCGAAAUCAAUGAGGAGUGUCGAAGGAUGGCGUCGUUGGUUGGAGGAUCUCCUAACACCACCCCUAUCAACUCAAGCAGUCUCUCAAGCAGUUUUAAUGGUGGAUUAGACAGAGAUAGCCCUGGGGCGAAUAGUCCUGCAAGAGAAGCACUGGCCAAUUUAAAGUCAUGCAACGCCGAGUUACGACAACAUUUGGUGGAAGCAAGAAGGGAAAUCGAAACACAAAAGAAUGAAUCUUUCAGGAAGCAGUCUGACAGCACUGAACUCAGUCAACAACAAAUCAGUUUGUUUAAAAAAGCCUUAAAGAGUAAAGACGAUGAAAUAGCRCGCUUAAAAAGACAAGUUCAAGAAGACACCAACCGAAACGCUUCCGUUUACAAGUCUGAAAGAAAUAUGAUGCUUAAGACCAUCGAACGGCUUGAAAAAGAAUUGAAAGAAACCAAAAAACUUAUACCUACGUCUAGUCCCAUCASCAAUGGCCAUUCAUUCACGGACAAUACCAGUACAAGUGGGCUGGGYACUAGUUUCAGUUCCAUGACAGCGAGYCCGCGGCCUGGGGACGACAAUAAUUCAGCCAGGUUAUUACGUCACUUACAAGGAAGAGUCCAACAACUUCGCGCACAAAAUGACAGUCUGAGAACUGAUUCCUUGAACGAGAGUCAAAAUAGUGUUGGUACUAUAGAUACUACGUUUGACCGAGACAGUACAGACGAUCCAAACUUAACGAAAAAACUUCAGACAGCGUUACAGGUUUCAGAUCAACGCGCCAACAAAAAUGCAGCGAUGUUAAGUCAGAAAAUGCUGGAAAUGACGAAAUUGCAGAAAAUGUUAACUCACGCAACCAAGGAAAAUAUGAAGUUAGAGCGUGCUUACGCUUCGCUACAGAAAAAAAUGAUUGAGACGUCACCUACGUCAACGUGAAAUCGUUUGCAGUUUUUAAUUUAUUAGUGUAUCGUCUUAAGUAACCAAAUAUAUAUACUACUUGUA